AUGAACUUGAAGUCAACGAAUCUCACGUUAUUUUCAGUACAUAAUCAUCCUGCGGCUGGUCCAGACCCAACAGGGCUGUUAGCCAGAAACCUCAAUGCGGACAAAACGUUUGAGGAUGACGCUGGCCGACCUGAGGCUCUGAUCGAUCCCGACGGCCGCCAAUUCAUUGCUCCUCUCAAGCGGAAGGCUCAGAUUAUUGAGAAGGAGUUGCGCCAAGAAGCCGAGGAAAUAUCACGACUCUUGAGCACACCACAAAGCAUCGUUACUCCUUCCGUAUGCUUACUAACGUUGUUGGGGUGCACUUUAGUAGUAUUAUGCGGAGUUCUACCAGCACUGUUACUUCCAGCCAAUAGCAGUCAAUACCUCAGUACAGAUGAAGGCAGACGUAAUCUCAAUAUGCUUCUUUCAUUCGCGGUCGGCAGCCUUCUUGGUGAUGUCUUUCUUCAUAUACUACCUGCAACAUGGAAUGAAAACAACGGUGGCUUUGGUCGUAUCGGAAUGUUCACAAUGAGUGGUCUGUUGGCAUGCCUUUUCGUCGAAAAGCUCUGCAGUACAACGGAGAAAAGUCAGCGCAAAAUUUGUGCAAUUAUGAAUCUUGCCGCUAACUUGAUUGACAACUUCACUCAUGGCUUAGCUGUUGGUGCCAGCUUCUUGAUAUCACCUAAGUUUGGCAUGAUGACGACGUUCGCUAUUCUCGUUCACGAGAUUCCUCAUGAAGUAAGCGACUUCGCAAUCCUGCUUCGCGCAGACUUCAACCGAAUACAGGCAGUCAAGGCCCAGCUUGUUACUGCCUCCGGAGGAAUUAUUGGAGCAUUCUUCGCUUUGUGGAUGAACAAUGAUUCUAUGCAAUCAGCUGACUGGAUUCUCCCAUUCACUGCUGGAGGAUUCAUAAAUAUCGCUCUCGCACAAAUUCUUCCGGAACUUAAUCAAGAGAAGGAUCGAAGGCAGAACGUCAAGCAGGUCGCCAUGAUGCUGUUGGGCUUGUUCGUUAUGGUUGCCAUCAGCUGUCUGCACAUCAUAUGA